GUCCACCGUAGUGACGUCAUACGUAAACAGAGUCACGUCAGCUGAACUCGCUGCUGUUCAGACCAAACAUGGCUUUUACUCUGUAUUCUCUCAUCCAGGCUGCGAUCCUGUGCAUUAACGCCGUGGCUGUAUUACACGAAGAAAGAUUCCUCAGUAAAAUUGGCUGGGGAGUAGACCAAGGUGUUGGAGGAUUUGGGGAUGAACCAGGCAUCAAAGUGCAGCUGAUGAACCUCAUCCGCUCUGUGAGAACAGUGAUGAGAGUGCCACUGAUAGGAGUGAAUACAGUCUGCAUUGUCCUGCUGCUUCUGUUUGGCUGAAGACGGAGACGUGAGCUGCCAGGAGAAGAUGCCCAUCGCCUCAGGAACCACUAUGAAAAAACGUUCACUUUCACCAAAUCCCUCUUUCGUCCUGAAUAUGAAUGUUGCCUGGCUGUACAUAUUACUAAACUUAGCAUAGCCCUGCUUUUGAUAACAACCUAGAAAUAUGUGGAGUGACUUAAGUUCCACUUUAUUUUGAAAAUAAUAAGAUUCUCAAUAAAUGUAAUUGUCUUAACACAUUUUUACAUUUUAUUAAAGCACUUUUGAUCAUU